CUCGCUCUUAGCGGCGGAAAGAAAAAUGGCGGCCGUGGGAUCCACUGAACUCUCGGUGCCUUUUUUACCAAACUCUCCUCUUCAGUAACGACGCAGCGCGGUCCGAUAAUGCGAGGCGCAGCGCCGGUAGCCGAAACCGGAGCUAGCGGAAAUAGUUGGCUUGUUGUGGGCUUUUAGAGCGGCUCCUCGGCGGGUGGAAGGCGGAAGAAACGGACCCGAGCGGAGGAGAUGCUACUCGGCUACAGCCGCUAGCCAGGAUUUAAAGAGACCAGAGGAAACCUUUCAACUGCUGACGUCCUCCUUUAUGGAGCCACAUCAGGGCGACUUGAACUGAGACGACUUCAGGACUCAUUAAACUCAGGAUGGCGAGCAGGAGGAAGUCCACCACCCCGUGCAUGGUUCCUCCCCGGGAGGCGGUCGACUCGGAUCAGGAGAUGGAGGAGGUGGCGGAGGCGGCGGAGCCGGACGACGGCGGCGGCGACGGCAGCGUGGCCUCCGCCGAGCCGACGGAGGAGCGAGGCGAGGAGGGCGACCACUACCUGGACCUGAACAUGGCGGAGGGAGGCUACGAGUGCAAGUACUGCAGCUUCCAGACGUCCGAGCUCAACCUGUUCACGAUGCACGUGGACACGGAGCAUCCCGACGUCGUCAUCAACACCUCCUACGUCUGCAUGGAGUGCGACUACCACACCAAGAGCUACGACACGCUGCUGGCCCACAACGCUCGCCUCCACCCGGGGGAGGACAACUUCACGCGUACGAUGGUGAAGAGAAACAACGAGACCAUCUUCCAGCAGACGGUGAACGACCUGACCUUCGACGGCAGCUUCGUCAAAGUGGAGGACGAGGAGGCGGAGGAGACGUCCCGCAGGGGAAUCGCCUUCAGUAAGACGCCCAUCAUGAGGAUCCGGAGCCGGACGGAGCCCAAGAAGUUCACCUCCUCCUCCUCCAAGAUGGCCGUCGACGACGACGUCAUCAAAGUGGAGAGCGACGACGAGGACGACGAGAACAAGGAGCCGCCGGCGCUGUCCCCCGCCCCCAUGACGCCGCCCGUCCCUCGCUUCAUCCCCGUCUCCACGCCGCUGCAGGUCCAGGCCGUCCCCCAGAGCAUCGUGGUCAACAGCUCCAACAUGCUGCAGAUUAAAGGAGGCGGAGGAGGUGGAGGAGGAGGUGGAGGAGGAGCGGUGCUGCCCCCGGGGACUCUGGCCCAGGUCUUAUCGGCCCUGCAGAACCAGCAGAACAACACCCAGACCCAGCUCCUCAUCCCCAUCAGCAGCAUCCCCACCUACAACACCUCCAUGGACAACAACGUCCUGCUGGUCAGCGCCUACAACAGGUUCCCUUACCCGUCGGUGUCGGAGAUCAUGGGCUUGUCGUCGCAGACCAAGUUCAGCGAGGAGCAGAUCAAGGUCUGGUUCUCGGCCCAGAGGCUCAAACAUGGAGUGAGCUGGACGCCAGAGGAGGUGGAGGAGGCGAGGAGGAAGAAGUUUAACGGUACGGUCCAGACCGUCCCUCAGACCAUCACCGUGAUCCCGGCCAACAUCGCCGCCGCCACCAACGGCCUCCAGUCCAUCUUCCAGACGUGUCAGAUCGUGGGCCAGCCGGGCCUGGUCCUGACCCAGGUGGCCGGUAGCGGCGCCGCCGUCCCCGUGGCGUCCCCCAUCACGCUGACGGUGGCCGGCGUCCCCGGCAACCAGCCCAAAGCGGCCGAGCCGCCCGGCACCGAGCCCAAGCCCGAGAUGUCGGCGUCGGCGGCGGCGGCGGCGGCGGCGUCGCUGGGUCUGGACGCCGUGGCGACCAAACCCAAGAAGUCCAAGGAGCAGCUGGCGGAGCUGAAGGCCAGUUACGGGCGGCGCCAGUUCGCCACGGAGGCGGAGAUCUCGCGGCUCAUGCAGGUCACCAAACUGUCCAAGAGGGCGAUCAAGAAGUGGUUCAGCGACACCCGCUACAACCAGAGGAACUCCAAGGACCAUCACAGCCUGCUGCUGGGCGAGGGCCGGGGGGCGGGGGGAGGCCGGGGGGGGAGGAGCAACAGCGGCGGCUUCAAUGACGCCGGCCUCAGCGACGGCCCCCCCUCCUCCUCCUCCUCCUCCGCCGCCGCCGCCGCCGCCACCAUCGUCAUCGACUCCAGCGACGACGCCAGCGACUCGUCCCCGACCUCGGCCAACGCCCCCGGCUCCUCCGGAUCCUCCAGCGACCCGCGGGUCAAGUUCCGCCACGCCUUCCCCGACUUCACGCCGCAGAAGUUCAAGGAGAAGACGCCGGAGCAGCUCCUGGUCCUGGAGGCCAGCUUCCAGAAGUGCGACCCCCCCUCGGACGAGGAGCUGAGCCGCCUGCGGGCGGAGACCAAGCUGACGAGGCGCGAGGUGGACGCCUGGUUCAGCGAGAGGAGGAAGAUGCCUUCGAAGGACAGCGACGCCGAGGGGGACGGGGACAAAGCCGCCGCCGCCGCCGCGUCCUCGUCCUCGGAGCGACAGGCCACGCCCCCCGGCGGCAGGAAGGCCGUGAAGAAGACGCCGGGGCAGCUCCACAUCCUGAAGAAGGCCUUCGUCCGAACGCAGUGGCCCACGUCGGAGGAGUACGACCAGAUGGCCGAGGACAGCGGCCUCCCCAGGACCUACGUGGUCAACUGGUUCGGAGACACCAGAUACGCCUGCAAGAACAGCAACCUGAAGUGGUACUACCUCUACCAGAGCGGCAAGGUGGACGAGGCUCUGAACGGAGGAGCCAAGAUCCAGAAAAAGUCCAGGAAACGUUUCCGAGGUUGGUCCAGGAGGACGCGCCGGCCGUACCCCUGCAGACGCUCGCCACCGGGGGGCGCCACCCCCAUCAAGGUGAAGUCGGGACGGGCCUUCCUGAAGGACUACUACCUCAAACACAGAGCUCUGAGCGAGAAGGACCUGGACGACCUGGUCACCAAGUCCAGCAUGAGCUACCAACAGGUGAGGGACUGGUUCUCUGAGGCCGGCAGGAGGGAGGAGGACGGGAAGGAGCCCUUCAGCGAGGAGGAGGAGGAGGACGAAGAGGGGGAGGACGAGGAGGAGGAGGAGGAGGAGGAGGAGGAGGAGGCCACAGCAGAGCAUGCAGACAGCGAAGGAGACAUGGAGGUGAAAGAACAAGGAGAGGAGGCGUCAGAUGGUGAAGACGACGGCGUCAACGAGGAGAAGGAGGAAGAAGAAGAAGAAGAGGAGGAGGUGGAGGAGGAAGGUGUCGGCCAAUCACAGCCUCCGACAGAGGAGCAGACAUGAGCAGACGGAUUUGUCGUUGCUUCUCCCUCCAGAGACGACUCGGAGGACGAUGUUUGUCAGUGUUUCUCAGCUGGCGGUUCGGGACCCAAAGUCGGGCCGCGUGGUCGGGGUCUGGGACCGACGGCGGCUUUUCAGCGCCGUGAACUUUGGGUCGUGAUGCCGCUGAGAAUCACUGCGUUAGAGUGGAUGAACCGUGGGGACCAGAACCAGCCGGGUUUGGGUUUUAAUGACGGUGACUGGCCUUUUAUUUCGGCCUUUCAUCCCAUUUUUCUUACAGCAACAAAAAAAAAAUCUACAUUUGUAUAAAGGAGAAAAAAUCCAAGACAUUUCUAAGAGGCGAGGCCUGACUUCGUCCUGUUAUCAGAGGAACCUUCGACCGAACGCGAAGACGUGAAAACCUCCUGCUGUCCUAAAGAAAAGCUUUUUAAAGUCGCAGGGUUUUUUGUGAAUAGACGACUCAAAUUAGUGCCAUUCUGUUUCUACGUUUGUUUUUGAAUCUGCUGGGAGGAAUUUCCACGUAAACCAGCGCCUGAACUUUUUGUAUUUUUUCAAAGCGAACCGACCGGACUCGUCUCGUCGUCCUGUCCUUCUGACGCUCCUCUUUUUAAAACAUUCACAGACGUUUGGGUCCGUUCGGCUUCAGCGACGGCGACUCUGGAGGAACCAGGAGGGAAACAUCCAACAGUUAAACACAAACAUGCAGCAGUAAUCGCCACGUUUCCUCUUUACAGGAACAGUUUAACGGUUUAAUCUGAUCAGACUCAACGUUUUAUUUGAAUUAAUCUGUCAGACGUUGAUUUGUUGGUUAAAUGCAUCGUUCUAGAGCUGGAUCCCAUUUUUAUCUCCAGCUCAAAGUCAAACGUUGACGUCGAACUCACCGGGUCCAGCUGCAUUCUGGGAAACGUAGGGAAUCUGGGGGAGGAAGGAACAAACAAACCCUGGAGCCAUUGAAGUGGAUUUUUCCUUUGUUUGGAUUCGUCUCCUCCUGCGUUUCCAGCGUCGACCGUCGUGAACGGGAUCUGAACCCAAACGUCGUUUGUGUCCUCGUCCAAAAACAACACAAAGGCUUGUGUGCUCUACUUCAGGAAACAGGCAACUUUACCUCAGUCAGUUAAGCUACAAACUCGGUAAGAUUGUGACAUUUACUCUUUACGACAGUUUUCUAGAGGAUUCAAUACUGAAUGCAUGAAAAUCCAAAUGGAGUCGUUUUGUUUUUCUUUGUCCUCGCCACCAAAGUUAAAGAAUCACUUUAAAGAGGAAACCAAGAGGACGUAGUUAUUAUCAGUGCAUUUAUUUACUCAGAUACGGGUGAACUAGCAAAGCAGAUCCUUCAGGUUUUCCACACACGACGUUUUAGGGACGAGAAACCACGAAGCACUUGGCUCAGUUCCUGCAGGAACUUUUUAAACUUUUUCGUACACGCACGGGGGGAAAUAAUCAUGAAAUAAGCUUUUGUUUUGCUUCUCUCUGUGUUUCCUGAAGCGUGUAGGACUCUGUUAGAUAUGCAAACAUUAAAGAACAAUCAGUGGAUGUGACCCGGGUCUGAAUCCAGCUGUAACUUUCUGCCAACCUUUAAACUGCUUUAAUAGCCACUGUUUUUAGUAGUUAAUUUAUUUAUUAUUAUAUCUGACUUUCAUGGAUCUUUUUGUCUGCAAGCAGAAAAUAAAAAGUGGAAAAACUGA